AUGGAUUUGAAGGCUCGUCUUGAUAGAGGAAGGAGGUUACCCUCGCCUGAUGGUAUUCUUAUCAAUGGCCGAAGCAAAGGUGCUACAUUAAACGUUGAGCAAGGAAAAACAUACAGGUUUAGGAUAUCAAACGUUGGAUUACAAAAUUCUCUAAACUUCAGAAUCCAAAACCAUAGGAUGAAGCUCGUGGAAGUCGAAGGGACGGACACAAUGCAAACCAUGUUUUCCUCACUUGACGAUCAUGUUGGCCAGCCCUAUUUUGUUCUCAUUACUGCUGACCAAUCUCCUCGUGACUACUACGGCGUUGCUUCCUCUAGGUUCACCAAUAAGAUCAUAACAAUCACCGGCAUUCUCCGAUGCAGUGGCUCGUCUACUUCAGCUUCUGGUCCAAUUCCUGGUGGUCCCACCAUUGAAAUUGAUUGGUCCUUUAACCAAGCACGUGCCAUCAGAACCAACUUGAAAGCUAGUGGACCAAGACCCAACCCACAAGGAUCAUAUCAUUAUGGUCUAAUAUCACUGACUAUUGUGUUUGGUAGCUCUGCGGGGCAGAUAAAUGGGAAGCAAACAUACGAUUUCUUUAAGAUAAACGGGGUUUAUAAGAUCAAUAGCAUCUCGGACAAACCCACAGGUGGAGGUAUAUACCUUGACACCUCUGUUUUGCAAGUCGACUAUCGAACGUUCAUCAAGAUUGUAUUCGAGAACAAAGAGAGAACAAAGAGGAUAUCGUUCAAAGUUAUCAUCUCAAUGAUGGAUGGUGGACAUUGGAACACAGGGAGCAGAAAUGGGUGCAACUUACGUGAUGCAGUGUACCCAAAAUCAUGGACAGCCAUUUACAUUGCUUUGGACAACGUGGGACUGUGGAACCUAUGGUUUGAGUUUUGGGCAAGACAGUAUUUGGGACAACAUCUCU